AGAUGAUUCCACCAUGUGGAGAGUCAAUCCUUUCUAAGACGAGCAGUGGACUUGGGCGUAAUCCAAACGAUACUUCAUUCACUCACUCCCGUUACUGCUCAAGUCUAUUCAAAACUCCUCCCAACACCCCCAAUUUCAUAUAUAUAUAUAUAUAUAUAUAUUCCUUGUAGCUGAAACUGUCCGCCACAGUUGAGAAUUUGAAGAACGGCCAUGUCUCUCCCCCUCUCCAGCUUCGAAGCCAGGUAUCUUGAUUCUUGCAAGAGACAAGAGGUGCUCCCGAAUUCAACAGUUUUAACAUGGUUUUACGAGGCAAAGACUCAGAAAUCCAUUUACCAGAAGUGUAAUAUGGUCAUUAUAUUGGAUGACCUAAAGGAUGCCGAUUUCUCUCCACUUAUCGAUGUUUUCCUGGCAAUUGACUCUUCUGAAAUUGAUGCAGUUGACAUAAUUCAGGAAUCACACUGUGCCAUAAACAAAGAUCAUGUUAUGUCUUUGUUGCGUACGAUCAAUUCAAAGCUCCGAAUCGUUGAUCUCAAGGAUAUGUCACUUGUGGACGACUUCUUCUGUUCUGUGGAUCCUUCCCAGGGUGGUUUGUCUUGCCAAGUUUUGAACCUGAGGUCUUCUGAGAUCCGAGAGCUCUACAUAGUGGGAAUGUUCAAGCAACUACACACCCUUAAUCUGGACUUUUGUACUUCUCUUACAAGUAUGCAGAAGGAUUGUUUCGCUUGCUUGCCGAAUCUGAAGCGUCUUUCCAUGUGUGAAACAAGAGUUGCUGAUCUGUGGACAACUAGUGCUGCCUUGUCAAAAAUUCCUUCAUUGGUGGAACUCCGGUUUCAAAAUUGUUUGUGUUGCAAAGGGACUGGUCCUUGCCCUGUGUCAUCCAGUGCAAAAACAGAUCUUGAUUGUGACAGAACUGAGUCAGGUCAUCUUCAAACACCAGGUUUAGUGGAGCAAUCAUCCGAUUCCCUUGCUGUCUGGAAUGGGAAGUCUAAUUUGCCGAUUGAGGUUGCUUUUAGCAAAUUGCGUACUCAAGACGGAGAUGAAUCUCCUACUAGUGCACUUAACUACAACUUCGAGUUAGAGGAUGCCUCUACCACAUUCAAGAAUUAUGUUUCACAUCAUCCUUCGCCUAUCUGCUUUGAGAAAUAUUAUAGGGAGUACAUGAUUGUCUCAUUGCCUCGCUUGGCCGUUUUAGAUAAUCUGCCAAUCAGAAAGUUGGAAAGGGAAAUGGCCAAGAUUAUCUUUUCGGAAUAUUAUGAGUUCUUACCAUAUAGACGACAGCACAAAGAGAGUGUUGUCAGCGUUUUACAUAUGCGUGAAACUGGAGUGAGUAGAAUUCACCACCAAAACUCAUCCCGGCCAAGGCAGCCGCUGUCUUAUAGAAAAAGCCAACAUUUCUACUCUAGGUCUCUUUGUGCUGCCAAACUUGGGUCUUCUGCAUGGCCGCUCUUACAUCCAGUGUCUAACAUUUGCCACAUUAUCAAAGAAGAAGUUAAGAGCCUUCGGCCAAGGCAGUUUGAGUAUCAUCCAUCAAACUCUAGUCUUAUGGUUUUCGGAACUCUAGAUGGGGAAAUAGUCGUUCUCAACCAUGAGAAUGGGCAUAUUGUUGGUUAUCUCCCAUCCCUUGGACCUAUGAAUAGUGUUCUGGGCCUCUGUUGGCUUAAGAAGUAUCCAUCCAAGUUCCUUACUGGUUCAGAUAAUGGUUCCUUGAGAUUAUUUGACGUUAACCAUAUGCUGCCGAAUAUUGCGGAUGGCUAUGCUUCUCCCAGUAAUGUUACUUUUGGUAACUUUGAGCAGCUGACAUCUGUUCAUGUCAAUUCAACGAAUGAACAGUUUCUUACUAGUGGUUACUCGAAACAUGUUGCGCUGUAUGACAUUGACAGUGGAAAGUGUUUACAGUUAUUCAAAGAUAUACAUCGAGGACCCAUUAAUGUUGCUAAAUUUGCUCACCACUCUCCUUCCAUAUUUGUUACUUCAUCCUUUGACCAUGAUGUCAAGAUGUGGGACCUUCGGCAGCAACCUCUACAACCUUGCUAUACAGUUUCAAGCUCAAGAGGAAAUGUAAUGGUUUGCUUCUCACCUGAUGACCACCAUCUGCUUGUGUCAGCUGUGGAUAAUGAGGUUAAACAGCUUAUGGCGGUAGAUGGGAGACUUCACACAAAAUUUGAUCUGCCUUCAACAGGAAGUGCCCACAAUUAUACUCGGUCAUAUUACAUGAAUGGAAGGGACUAUAUCAUCAGUGGGAGUUGUGAUGAACCUGUUGUUCGAGUUUGCUGUGCUCAAACUGGAAGGCGACUUAGGGAUGUUUAUUUGGAGGGUAGGGGCUCGGGAAACUCAAUGUUUGUGCAAUCCUUAAGGGGUGAUCCUUUUAGAGAUUUUCAAAUGGCUAUCUUAGCAACCUUUACGCAUCCCAGCUCAAAGUCGGAUAUCAUCAAGGUCAAUUUGCUUGCAUCCAGCCAUGACACAAAAGAAUAUUCAUGUGAUCGUCAUUUUAGCCCUUCGUCUGGUUUGGGAGGUUGACGGAUAUCUCUUUUCUGUUAAUUAAUGUAAAUAUGUGUAUGAAUGUAUGUAUACAUCUCCAAAUCUAUGUAAAUGUUGAGAAGUGUACAUUUGUUGUAUUAAAUUAGUAUAUAUAAUUUGUAUUCUUUUUGGUGGCUAUAUAGUUGUGUCC